UAUUUUUUAUCAACCUGCGCAGAGCCAAUCAGCGCACAAGUCCACAAUAAAGACGGACUCAUCAGCAGCAUGGCUGUCAGUAUAAAUUUGAAGCUUGGACGAUGCGCUUCCUCUCGUCACGUUGGUUUUUUUUGUUUGUGCAUUUUGACGAAAAUGAUAUCGUGUGUGAAUUUGUGUGGUAUGAAAUAUGGAAAGCUGCGAGUGCAGUGACCUGAUAUCGGCCCCGGAGAAUAGGGAUAAUACAUAAGAAGAGAUACGUUGAAAAUAUCGUAAUGAAGUCGCGAUUGGAUCGGCUAUUCGUGUUGCUGGAGGCGGGAGCGGGUCCGGCGACCAGACGCGCUGCUGCCCGGCAGCUCGGGGAGGUGCAGAAGGCGCACCCUGAGGAGUUGCACCGGCUGCUAGGCAGGCUUAUGAAGCAUUUACGGUCCCCUGCAUGGGACACUAGAGUUGCUGCUGCACAGGCCGUGGAAGCGAUUUUAUCUAACGUGCCGGAAUGGCAUCCCACACCGUCCGCGGUCAAAAAAGAAGAGAAGACGGAGCCAGAAGACAACGGUCGGCUACGCUGCGACACGUUCGACAUAGAGCGAGUGCUGCACCAUGGAGCUCACCUGAUGGGCUCCGAGGGUCACGAGUACGACUUGGACGAGGAGGCACUGUCGUCAGCUGAUAUAAACGACCGUCUGGCCAAGCAGCGGCAGCAGCUGAACGCCAGGCUGAACCUCGACGUGGCCGCUAGUGUGGGCGUCGAUCUCUCCGCGCUGUACACCAAUGACGACCUAUGUCCCGUCAAAACACAGACUAACAAGACUGAAACGGCUAGAAGGCCGGUCCAAGAGUUAAUGCCGAUAUCGUCGAAGCCGCUCAGUUCGCGCGAGAUGAACCUGGCCAAGCGGCGUGCGCGCGCCGCGUUCAGCAAACAGAAGUCGCGCGACUGCAGCGAGGAGGGUCCCUCCGCGCCGCCCACGCCGCCCGUCGAACCCGACAGGAAGAAGAUCAAACUGGAAGCCAUUGAUGAGUACGUUGCAGGCGACGCGGGCGAGGCGGGCGCGCCGGAGGCGGACGGGUCGUGGGGCGAGGCGGCGCGCGAGGCGGCGCGGUGGCCGCUGGACGCGUGGUGCGGCGUGCUGCAGGCGCAGCUGUUCAGCGCGCAGUGGGAGGCGCGGCACGGCGCGGCGGGCGCGCUGCGCGAGCUGCUGCGCUCGCGCCUCGCGCUCAGCGCCGGCACGCACGCGCACCUCACCACACAACAGAUGGAGGAGGCACAUCAAGACUGGCUCGAGGACAUGGCCCUGAGGUUAUUGUGUGUUCUCGCGUUAGACCGGUUUGGAGACUUCGUCUCGGAUCAAGUGGUAGCUCCAGUGAGGGAAACUUGUGCGCAGACGCUCGGCGUGGCGCUCGCUCAACUGAGUGAGGAGAGAGUGCGGAAGGUAGCACGCUUGCUGUCCACCCUGGCGGGGCAACCGCAGUGGGAGGCGCGGCACGGGGCGCUGCUCGGGUUCAAAUACAUGCUCGCUGCUAGACAAGAGAUAGCGUGCGCGAGCGGCGCGCUGGAGCACCUGAUCGCGGGGCUGGGCGACGCGGCGGAGGACGUGUCGGCGGUGGCGGCGGGCGCGCUGGCGCCGGCGGCGGGCGCGCUGGGCGGCGCGCGCGCGGGCGCCGUGCGCGGCGUGGUGGCGCGCCUGUGGCGCCUGCUGCGCGACCAGGACGACCUCGCCGCGCCCGCCAACAAGUACAUGGCGCUGCUCGCCGCGCUCAUGGCGCUGCCCGACACCGCGCGCCUGCUGCAUCCAAUAGACCUGGCCGAUGUCCUGCCUCGUCUCUGGCCUUAUCUCGACCACUCCACGUCAUCCGUCCGUAAAGCAACACUACAAACUCUGCGCACGUUAACGCGACCACUAAUAACCAAAAAAGAUACCACCAAACUUAACAGAGAAGAUCUGAACGGAGAACAGCCGAUGUGUGUUGACCCGUCUUCUAACGGCGACAGCACUCCUAACGGUGAUCCAAAAUGUGACCAAAAGCCCAAUGAUCAACCCUCAAACGGACACGAAACACCCAAAGAUCAACCGGUAGAUGAGAACCAACCAAACGGUGACCAGCCUAUUAGUGACCAAGUGAAAAAUGACCAGCCAAAAAGUGAGAAGAUAGAAAGUGAGUCAAAGAUAGACAGCGGUGCCCAGCCUAAUGGGGAGCAGACAAAUAAUGAGUUAGAAGUAGACAGCGACCAAUAUUUGAUGUGGACGCCGGAGUUACUGCAAGAAGCCAUGAGGCACAUAUACCAAAGGGUUCUAUUUGAACAUGUACCUGAAAUACAAGAUAUUGCUGUGCAGGUGUGGGAGAAUUUACUACAACACGCGUCGCUGGGCGUGAUACUGGUGGCGGCGUGUCCCAUGCUCGCCACGUGGUUGUGUCUCGCCAUGCAGCCCGCGCGGUUACCCAUUGACCCUGGGCUUAUACUACAGCCACCCCCUAAGGAGCGGCGCGUGCGCACCACGUCGCUGGGCGGCACCGUACCGCCCGAGAUCCGCGCGACGCCGCGCUGGUACGUGGGCGGCGCCGACACGCAGCCCGCCGCCGCCCGCGACGACGCCGUCACGCGCGCUCGCUGCCGCGCCGCCGACAUGCUCGGUUACCUAUCAUGUUACUUGGUACAGCCAGCGCCCGGUAUCGAAUACAAACCAGAAGACGAGAGCCCCAUAGACUGUUAUGUGAAGGUGAUGGUGGUAUACCUGCGGUCGGGCAGCGCACUGCAGCGGUUGGUAGCGAGCCUGGUGCUGGCCGCGUGGGCGCGUUGCAGCACUGAGCGGGGCAUGCUGCCGCCUCAGAUACAUCGCCCGCCACCCACUGAAGUACCCAGUAAUGGACAUGAACCACAGAAAGAAGAAAACGGCGAUAAAAGUACAGAAGAUGGCGAUGAGAAUGACAUAUCGAAAGUGAUCCCUCCGCUGCUGGUCGACACGCUGCACACCGCGCUCAACCAAACGCUGUACUACGACGAGGUCGCGUUGAACUGUAACAGGAUACUCCAAGAAGCUCGUGAUCUCUUAGCGAUGAUGAAACAUUACAAACUGCCAGUCGACGGAGAAGAGUUCAACAAUAUUAUGAGAUUAGAACAGGUGGCGCACAUGACGACAGUGACGCAGCCAAUGGUGGCCGCGAUGAAGUUGAAACGCGUCGCUCAGACACUUGAAGAGAGGCGCAAGAGUCUGCAGACCGCUGUCAACCAAUGUACCAUAGAGCAGAACGCCCUUAACGUGUCCGUGCAGGCGGGCGUGGCGAGCGCGGUGUCGUGGGCGCGCGUGCCGCCGGCGCGGCGCAACCCCGUGGUGCGGCCGCUCAUGGAGAGCGUGAAGCGCGAGGCGGCGGCGUGCCUGCAGCUGCGCUCGGCGCAGGCGCUGGCGGCGCUGGCGGCGCAGCUCGAGCCCGCGCGCCCCGGGCCCGCCGACAAGGUGCUCGCCAACCUCAAGGCCUUCCUCAGAUGUGACCCAGAGUUCACGCCCCGGAUAUCGCUGGAGCACACGGAGGAAAAUACUGCAGACUCCGGCAGCGGCGACUCCGGCACGGAGGGCAAGAGUGAAUCCAGCGCACUCACUCCAGCGUUGGACAGAUACCAAGGCAUCCUGACGCUGCGCGAGCAGCAGGUGAGCGGGGAGCGGACCGCGCCGCGCCGCGGCCGCCCGCCCGCCGCCGCCGCGCUGCAGCUCGACGCACUGCUCGCCAACGAGGACGAGGCUCAUAAACUACUAAGGAUACAGCGGCGAGGCGCCACCUUAGCGCUGACUAGCCUCGCUGAGUACUUCGGCGACGAACUGCCCGAGAAGCUGCCAAAGUUGUGGGAGUUCAUUACCGACCCGUUCUCAAAAGUUUACACUGACAGUGAGCUGGAGCAGCUGGAGGUGGAGCGCGCGGAGGAGCUGGUGUCGCGGCUGCAGGUGGUGGAGGCGGUGGUGGGGCGCGUGUCGGGCGCGCUGGUGGCGCGGGUGUGCGCGGGCGCGGGCGCGGCGUGUGCGCUGUCGCGCGCGGUGCACACGGCGCUGCGCCACAUGGCCGCGCGCGCACUCGCCGCGCUCGCCGCGCAGCAGCCGCACCAGGUGCUGCCCGUGCUCAUCGACCAGCUGAUCCCUGCGCUGAGCGACGUCCGCAUGGAGCGCGUGCGAUGCGGCGCCGUCGAGGCACUCGCGAGAGUUGUCGAGGCGCUGCAGCUGCAGAUCGUACCGUACGUCGUGUUACUCAUCAUACCAUUGUUAGGCCGCAUGAGCGACCAGUGCAUGGCGGUGCGCGUGAUGGCGACGCGGUGCUUCGCGACGCUGGUGCAGCUGAUGCCGCUGGACGGCGCCGCGCCCGCGCCGCCGCUCGCGCCGGAGCUGCGCGCUCGCCGCCGCCAGGACCGCCGCUUCCUCGACCAGCUCUUCAACCCCGCCACCAUCCCCGACUACAAGAUCCCUGUGCCCGUCUCCGCCGAGCUCAGAUCAUAUCAACAGGCGGGUGUGAACUGGUUGCGGUUCCUUUACGAGUACAAACUCCAUGGCGUGCUAUGUGAUGACAUGGGUCUUGGCAAGACGCUGCAGUCUAUCGUAGUGGUCGCAGGGUCCCAUUGGGAGCGAGAGCAUCAACGUCUACCGCAUCUGCCCUCGCUCGUCGUGUGUCCUCCCACGCUUACGGGUCACUGGGUGUUCGAAGUGAUGAAAUUCAUCCCAAACAAGUUCCUCAAGCCGCUCCAAUACGUCGGCCCACCGAUCGAGCGAGAGCGAUUGCGUCAUCAAGUGAAAUACUAUAACUUUAUCGUCGCGUCGUACGAUAUCGUGAGGAAGGAUAUCGAUUUCUUCAGCAGUAUAAAGUGGAACUACUGUGUAUUGGACGAGGGGCAUGUUAUAAAGAAUGGAAAGACGAAAGCGUUCAAAGCGAUUAAGCAGAUCAUCGCCAAUCAUAGACUGAUACUGUCCGGUACACCUAUACAGAACAACGUGCUGGAGUUGUGGUCGCUGUUCGACUUCCUGAUGCCGGGUCUACUAGGUACGGAGCGGCAGUUCACGGCGCGGUACUCGCGGCCCAUCCUGGCGGCGCGCGACCCCAAGGCCACGCCGCACCAGCUGCAGGCCGGCGCGCUCGCCUGCGAACAGCUGCACCGACAAGUGUUACCUUUCCUGUUACGGCGUGUCAAGGAGGACGUCCUGAAGGAGCUACCGCCGAAGAUCACGCAGGACUACUACUGCGAGCUGAGCCCGCUACAGCGGCGCCUGUACGAGGACUUCUCCAGAGAACACAUGCCUCAGGAUCUGAACAACAGUCACACGCAUGUCUUCCAGGCUCUCCACUACCUGCAGAACGUGUGCAAUCACCCCAAGCUGGUGCUGACGCGCGAGCACCCCGAGGCGGGCGCCAUCUCGCAGCUGCUGCACGCGCAGAACUCGAACCUCGACGACAUCGAACACUCCGCCAAGCUGCCGGCGCUCAAACAAUUGCUGUUAGACUGCGGCAUCGGCAUGGAAGGCGGCGGCACGGAUAUCGCCGUCUCUCAGCACCGUGCGCUGGUCUUCUGCCAGUUGAAGAAGAUGUUGGACAUCGUCGAGAACGACCUGGUGCGCCGCCACCUGCCGUCCGUCACGUACCUGCGGCUCGACGGCUCCGUGCCUCCGCAUCAGAGACACUCCAUCGUCACGCGGUUUAAUGAAGAUGUCUCUAUUGACCUACUGCUGCUUACUACUGCGGUGGGCGGUCUCGGUUUGAAUCUGACCGGCGCUGACACAGUGAUCUUCGUGGAGCACGACUGGAACCCGAUGAAGGACCUGCAGGCGAUGGACCGCGCGCACCGCAUCGGGCAGAAGAAGGUGGUCAACGUGUACCGACUCAUUACCAGGGACACGCUCGAGGAGAAGAUAAUGAGCCUACAAAAGUUCAAACUAAUGACAGCGAACACAGUUAUAAGCAGCGAGAACGCUGCAAUGGAGACGAUGGGCACGGACCAGCUGUUAGACCUGUUCAACCUGAGCGGCGGGUCGCAACAGACGCCGCAGUCGAGCCGCUCGGUGCUCGACACGCUGCCGGAGCUGUGGGACGACAAGCAGUACGAGGAGGAGUACGACAUGACCAACUUCAUCAAGGGCUUGAACAAAAUGAACGCUUAGCGAUAUUAAAAUAACGAUUAAGUUUGGUGUUGUGUGGAAUCAUUGUUACCUCGGCUGGACGCGUCUCGAUUUGUGAGCGCACGCAUGCCUUUGCAGCAGCGUCAGUCACUGUGAAGGUUUUUAUUUUAAACAUAAUGCCAUAUUAUGUUUUGUUUUCUAUUGAUAGUACGUUUUGUUAACACAAAGCACGUGGUGUAGACGCCCGUCUGUAGAAAUGAAAUAUUCAGUAUUGUUCAAAAACGGAAUAUCAUGAUCGGCUCUAACAGAUUGUUUCUAAUUUGGCGGGAAAAUAGUGUAAGGUUAGCAACAAAAACGGUCGUCACAUCAGGCGUAAAUUAUUCAAACUAAAAUUAAGUUAUUUUCAAUGAUUCCCACGUUUCGCAUCACUGACGUCAUUGCUCGAAGAGGCUGAAAAUCUUUUGAACUGAUGUAAAGUUUUAAAUUUUUUGACAUAGACAGCUUUACAAAGUUGCCUUAGUGUUUAUAAGUGACACGCGAAUCUUAGAUUUUCAAUAUUUAUACUAGCACAUAGGUUAGGUACAUAUUCGUCAAUUUCAUAUAUGUUCUAAGUCGCAUGCAUAGUUUCUGAAGGCUUGAAAAAUUAAUAAAUGGAUAUAAUAGAUUUAUUACUACAUUGUACCGGUAAUCUACUAUAAGUUUAACAAUUUAUAUGAGCUAAGAGAGUUUGGGGUGGAUAAAAACUAAAAAAAGAAAUGGAAUGUUGUAAUUUAUGCAUCAAAUUGCCGAUUACUUACGUAACGUGGGUUAAGAAAUUUACGAUGUUCAUGCGCAUAAAGGAGCAUUUGGGCUUUUAUAACUGCCUUAAGAAAAUUGUAUGCUCAUGCAUUGUUACAUCAUCUCAUAUCCCUAAUAUGUUCAAUAUAUCCAUUUAACUAUUCAUAAAUUUAAUAAUUAUACUUCUAUGAUAAAAUUCAACAUAAAUUUAGAACUAGUAGUCAACAUUUUUAUUAUAUUAGCUUGUAAAAAUAAUUAUUAGAAAUGCAAAAUACAAAGUAUAUUAGAUAACAAAGCCAAAUUAACGUACACUAUUUACUUUAUAAUUUGAGAACUAUUUAUUUUCUUGUAUUCAAUACAAAGUGUACUGAUGUGAUUUGUAACAUGGCUAUUUUAUAACUAAUUUUACUAUUAUGUUAAAUACAUUGUUUUUUCAGGCUUCAUUUUCAUGCUAAUUUAGAUUUAUUGCUUACUUUUCCAUAACACUGGAACCAAAUGUUGGUUGUCUGCGAAACUUCAGAGUUUACAAACAUUUUUUAGUUUUUUAAAAUUCAUAUGAGAAAUUAUUUUUAAGUAUGUCAUAUACCCUUCAGUUGCUGUUGAUUUAUAAUAUUAUAUAUACACAUUAAUAUGUAAGUUCCUCGUUUAAGAAAUACCUCAAUGACUUGAUUUUGUCUCUACGAUUUGUAAUAGUUAUUUAUUGCGUAGCGUCAUAAGGAUGAAGUCAUUUUGUUUAGUCAUUUUUGUAGUUUUAGACUGCGUCGUCGAUACGGCGAGCUUUUAUUUUAGUUUGCUAUUUUGUACCUGCUUAUGUGGAAUUAUUAAAUAGCAUUUCUGUAAUUAAUGUCUCAAGUGAGUUUUUUUUUCUGUUAUGUCUAAUGUUGUUGCUGUUAGGUACCGACUAUCGUGGACAGCUUGUUAAAUGAUUUUAAACCAACUUAUGAUUUUAAGCGCCUCAACAUUUGUCAUUGUAGUCUUCAUGGGUCCAUUAGCAUAAAAAUAAUACUUUCAUUAGAGAUUACUUUGUAAAAAGAGUCGUGUAAUUCGCGCCAUCGCUUUCAUAUUUUUUUUUAUACGGCCGUUUAGACUCGAUCCAAUUACUGCCAGAAAUGUUAAACCAACAUGAAACAUAUUUAAUAUUGAAAUAACCUUCAUAAUAUUUGAAGCUGAAGAAUUUCAUGCUUAAAUUUGUUAUCACUGGUCUUCAUUUAUAACUGCUUUUGUUAAUAUUGACAAAUAUUCUGUCUGUUCCUGGCAAUUACAUUGUUUUUUAUAAUUAAAAAGCUUUUCAAACCAAAAAGACUUCGAACUUUAUGGAAUUAUUUAGUGCAAUGAAUAAUGUAUUAAUACAUCACAGUUUUAUACAACUGAGUAUAUUCCUUCGGCAAUGUCGAGCGAGUGUACUUUUUUUUGUUAGAAAAAAUGUUAUUUUGUAUAUUUCACUUCGCCGACAUCACAUCAUAUUGUUUUAUUCGAUUGACGUUUCUUUUUUCUUCAUGUUGUGAAAUUGUAUGAAAUAAAGCAUGAUUUUAUGAA